CCCAUUUUCACAGCGCCUGGUGCCUCCGGCCCAAGCCGUUCAUACGGUGGAAGUUGGAGUCGGCCGCCAUUUCUGCUGAUCUUGAGUCUCUCUCCGCUCGCGGUUGAUCAGUUGCUUCUCCCGCCGGAGUUCCGCCGGAAAUGGUGCCGAAGACCCGACUUGAGCUCUCGAAGCUCCUUCAGCUUUCGGGAAUCCUAAGAAGUUCCACUCCUUGUCCUCUGCGCUGCAUCUCGCGGCGCCCUCUCUGUUCCGCCGCCGAGUCGUCCGGUUUUCAUGAUACGCGGAGUUGGCUUGACUUCGAUGCCGAUCCCAACGGCCCGGAGAAUGCAGACUCCGGCGACGAAUUCGUGAUCCCUUCUCUAGCUGACUGGGUCCAGAGUUACCCUCUUCUCGACCACACCAAGGCCCUGCACAAGCCCAAGAGCGGCAAGGAAGAGAUUUCCGAUGUCGACAGAAUGUGCCAAAUCUUGAAGACCCAUCGUCGGUCGCUGGAGGAUGUUGUCCGGGCUCUAAAUGGGUGCGGCGCAAGUCCGUCAAAGAGCUUGCUUGAGCAGGUUCUGAGGAGGUUCAGCAAUGACUGGGUGCCUGCCUUCGGGACCUUCUCUUGGGCCAAAUCACAAACAGGUUAUGUGCAUUCCCCGGAAGUGUGUGACCUCAUGGUUGAUAUCUUGGGGAAGUCGAAGAAGUUCCAUUUGAUGUGGGAAUUGGCCGAGGAGAUGAGUGGAAUGGAAGGGUAUGUCUCAUUUGUCACCAUGAGCAAAAUAAUCAGGAGGCUUGCUAAAGCCAAGAAGUUCGAGGAUGCAAUUGAAGCAUUCAAGGGCAUGAACCGGUUCGGAGUUAGUAAGGAUAUCAAAUCAUUGAAUGUAUUAAUGGACGCGAUGGUUAAGGGAGACAGCGUCGAGAGUGCUGAAGAAGCCUUUUCGGCUUUCAAGGAUGAAGUAGGCCUCAGUUCGGAGAGCUUUAAUAUCUUGAUACACGGAUUCUGUAAAUGCCGGAAGCUGGACGAUGCGCGACGGGUUAUGGAAGAGAUGGAGAAACACGGGCUUAGACCUGACUCUGUCUCUUAUACGUGUUUCGUUGACGCGCACUGCCGAGAGAAGGAUUUCCGCAGUGCUGAGUCCAUCCUCAAGGAAAUGACGCAAAAGGGCUGUCCUCCGAAUGUUGUUACCUACACAAUUUACAUGCACGCUCUGGGGAAGGCCAAGCAGAUAAACGAGGCUCUGGGAGUCUACGAGAAGAUGAAGAGUCGAGGAUGUGUCCCUGACACCUCGUUCUACAACUCGUUAAUAUACAUUUUGAGUAAGGCUGGAAGGUCUAAAGAUGCACAAGAGAUCUUCGAGGACAUGGAAGCAGAGGGAGUUGACCGUGAUGUACUGACAUAUAAUACCAUGAUCGCUGCCGCUUGUGAGCGUUCGCAAGAAUUGGUGGCCCUGAAGUUGCUUAAGAAGAUGGAGGAGGAAUCCUGCCAACCCGAUCUUAAGACUUACGCGCCUCUACUGAAGAUGUGCACGAGGAAGAAGAGGAUGAGGGUUCUUCACUUCUUGCUGAGCCAUAUGUUGCGAAACAAUGUCAGCAUUGACCUAGGGACGUACGAGCUGUUGGUUCGUGGGCUCUGUAAGAGCGGCAAACUCGACAAAGCAUGCUCUUUCCUUGAGGAAAUGGUGUCAAAGGGGUGGACCCCGAGGGAGACCAUAUGUAAAUUGUUGAUCGAGAAGCUGGAUGCUGCUGGUAUGGUGAAAGAAAAGGAGCAUGCUGAGAAGUUGAUGUCAACUGUAAAAUAACAGCAAUAAGAAUAUCUUUGUUCAACUCGAAAUUGAGUGGAAACCUUGUGGAUCGAUUCCAUGCUCUCUUCUCUA